AAAAUAUACGGAGUAGUAAUAUUUUCUUUCUAUACAAACCACCAAUAUUUAUUUCUAUUUUAUUAGCCCCACCAGCUAUACUAUAACGUCUCUUUUUAAAACAACUCCAUUUCUGCAUUUUACAGGCUCUUAUUAAGGUCCAUCUUUACUAUUGCACUCACACCAACUUCUCCUUCUCAAUCUCUCUGUUUCAUAUACAAAAAUAAAAAAGCUUAUGCUUUUCAAUGGCUGCAACAUCAGCAUACAGAACCCCAUUGUUAUCUGAUACAAGCAGUAUUAUAAGCACCACUAGCAGUAGCAGUGAAUCAGAAGAAAGCCCAGCAACUUCACAAAGAUUUCAAGAUUUCCAAUUAGAUCUUCAGUUCAAGAUUUCAAGAAUACCUAUUUCUUGUACUUACCACUCUUACAAGUCCCUAGCUGUCCUUUCAGACCACGUUGGCACAGUUUCUUGUUUAGCCCUUUGUGGUGAAUUUAUACUCAGUGCUUCUCAAGGUAAGGAUAUAAUUGUCUGGCAACAACCUGAUUUAAGGCUAUUUACUAAAUUUGGGGUGGGCGAUGGGUCAGUGAAGGCACUUGUUACUGUUGGUAAUAAAGUUUUUACAGCACAUCAAGAUUCUAGGAUUCGUGUGUGGAAGGUUUCAAGAAGAUCUGAGAAUGUUUUUAGGCUUGUUGAUACAUUGCCUACUACAAAAGAUUAUCUUGGGAAUUUUAUGAAACAGAGUAAUUAUGUGAAAACUAGGAGGAAUCAUAAAAAGUUGUGGAUUGAACAUGCUGAUAGUAUUUCUUGUUUAGCUGUUUGUAAUGGGUACAUUUAUUCUGGUUCUUGGGAUAAGAGUUUGAAAGUGUGGAGAAUUUCUGAUUUGAAGUGUUUGGAAUCAAUUAAGGCUCAUGAUGAUGCUAUUAACGGAUUAGUUGCUGGGAAAAAUGGGGUUGUUUAUUCAGCUUCUGCUGAUGGAAAGAUAAAAGCUUGGGGAAAAAGUAGUGGGACUACACAUGUGCUUAAGGGGAUUUUAGAGGGUCAUAAAGACGUUUCUUUAAACUCAGUGGUGGUUUCUGAAGAUGGGAAUUUUGUAUAUGGAGGGGGUUCAGAUGGGUAUGUGAUGGGGUGGGUGGGUAACAAGAAUUUUGAUAGUUGGAAACUUGUUUGUGAAGUGAAAGCACAUGGAAUGGCUGUUUUGUGUAUGUGUUUGAUGAUGGGUGAAUUCUUGUGUAGUGGAUCAGCUGAUAAGAGUAUCUGCAUAUGGAAAAGGGAAAUCAAUGGAGGAUUGUUUAAAUUUGGUGUUAUUAAAGGACAUGAAGGUCCUGUUAAGUGUUUACAAGCUUCACCAGGUAGUGUAGGGGGUGGGUUUAUGUUGUAUAGUGGAAGUCUUGAUAAAAGCCUUAGAGUUUGGUGGAUUCCAAAGUACAAUGAUGACAAAAAGGACUCGUCUUUGAUUCAGGGUACACAGAAAUAAGAUCACAAAGUGAAAAAAAUUCUCAGUUUUUGUCAGUGAAGAAGCACUGUUGCCCCUUUGUUUUUCAAUACAGUGUACAGUGCUUAUAGUUCUUUUUAUGAGUUUAUACUGUGUAUUUGAAAGGGUUCAUUUUUCUUGUUGUUUUUGAGUUUUUUUAGUGAUGAUUAGAUUGGAGUUUUGUUUUUAUAGUAGAUUGUUUCUGUGAGAACUGUAAUUCUUAUAGGAACAUUGGAGCAAACAUUGAGAGAAAUUGUGUUGUUUUUCAUCUUUUGAUUCUUUUUUUUUUUUUCGGAGAAUUGUAAUUAGGUCAGCAGAGUGUAAUACACAUCAAUGAAAGAUGAGAAGAUUUAUUUUGUCAA